AACAACACUGUUCAGAUUCGCAAGAAAAAUACCUGACUUCCUAUACACCAUUUUGGCCAUCGUGGCGGUUAUGUCAUCUAGUCCCUAGCUUCAAUUCCUUCCCACACUCACACAUGGCUAAGACUGCAGAGCCGUGACGAACCGGAGUCACCUCAAAAGAUGAUCGCUGCGCAUGCGCAUAACCGUAAGAUUCACACAUGCCUGGGAAUCGGAUUCGGAAUCGGGCGAGGAUGUGGAUGUGGAUGCGGAUGAGAAUGUGUGUGUUUGUGUGGAUGAGGAACAAGAGAAAUACAUUUUGAAAAUUUAACGAUGCGCACAUUUUAUUACCGCAAUUAAUUACAAAAACAACGCGGCCAAAACGAAAUCUUAGUCACUUUAUCAGAGAGUGAGUCCAGUGGAUACAAAAAGAAAGAGAGAAGUGCAGGGAGAGCGAUCUGAAAGGAGCGAUAAGCUUUAUGAUAGAUGUGACUAGUAGAACGCUACUAGCAAAUGGUUCUGGGUCCGCAGAUUGCAGCUCCUCUCGUAAUUGGAGGCGCGACAGUUUGUCUCCAGCAGUCAAACCUGGUUAAUUGGAGAAGAGACUCCCGGUCUGCAAGAGAGAGCGAUGCGGAGCGAGACCGACCUGUACGGUCAAACCUGUUUCUCGACCAAUUAAAUUCGAGAGCGGGAGCGUAAGCCAGGCUUUAGGCCCGGCCAAAAGACGAUGACGGCUGCUGUGGCCUGUGAGGCCAAGACAUUUCGUGUUUCGACGCGUAACGCGACAGUUGCCCGGCUAAAAAGCGCCUCCGCCUCAGAAAAUAGCCAUCCAAAACGGUAACGCCAGCGGUCUAUGAGUGAUUCUUCGGCGUGGAGAAGAAUGGGUUUCAAGCACGCCAUGCUGCAGCGCAGUUACGACCUCUCGCCCUCGCCGGCGCGUACUUCACCCACCAAUGGAGUCCAGAACUUGGGAGCUGGCGCACAGUUGCCACCUGCUCAAGUCACUGACUUUAGCAUCAGCAAGAUUCUGGGCAAGGAGCGUAAAUCCGCUCAGGAUACGAGCACGAAUAUCCUGGAUCUCUCCAAGAGCAGCAGCAACAGUAUUAGGAGCCCUCAGGCUCUGGGAGGGCUGGCAAUACCAUCAACUCCUUAUGGCGCUGCCUACUCCAUGUUGCCGCCAGAUUUGGUGGCCAUGGCCAAUGCCACCAAGUUCUAUGCCCAAUUCUUCCCGCACUUACUGCCCGCCUAUGCGGCUGCUGCAGCAGCUGCCGGCUUGAGUACUCCUCCUACAUCGCCCUACCAAACGCACCAGCAUCAGCAGCAUUUGCCAAAUCAGCAGAAACGCUUCUUUGCUCCCUAUGUGAUCAAUGGAUCGGUUCCGCCACCACCACCACCGCAGCAGCAACAACAGACUCUCAUCCGCAGCAAAAGCACCGCAUGCACUCGUCCGGAUUGCCCGGAGUGCCUGGACUACUACCAAAGAUUGCAGACUGGUGGCUAUAAGCAGACCGCACCUCUCAUUUCACCCGCCGCCUCCUCGGUGAGCAGCUCCACCGGAUCAGUACGUCCUGUAAGGGAUCUGAUAAUGAGCGCCACUGGAGGAGUCGCUGGCACCAACAUCUCACUGACCACCGUGACCAAUCUGAGCCUGAAUUCGGUCCAGGCAACGGCCGUCGGAAUGAUGCCCAAGAUGACUGGAGGACUGAUCACCACAGCCGUCGGCAGCAAUAGUGGAGCGAUAGGUGUCAUCGGUGGAUACAAUUCCACAUCCGCGGAGGAGAUAAGCUACAAGUGCCGGAUUUGCGAGAAGGUAUUCGGAUGCUCUGAAACUCUGCAGGCUCAUGAAAAGACGCACAAAUCACCGCGUUACGAGUGUGCGGAUUGCGGGAAGGGCUUUUCCCAGCUGCGGAACUACAAGUAUCACCUGUCCGUUCACCGUGGAACCAAGGAGUUUGCAGCCGAAUGUCCCGAAUGUGGCAAGACAUUCAACGAUAAGGGAUAUUUGAGCAGUCACCUAAAGAUUCACCGGAACCGGAAGGAGUACGAGUGUCCUUACUGUCCCAAAUCGUUCAAUCAGCGAGUGGCCUUCAAUAUGCAUGUCCGGAUUCAUACCGGCGUGAAACCCCACAAAUGCAACGAGUGCGGAAAGAGAUUUUCGCGGAAAAUGCUCCUCAAACAGCACAUGAGAACGCACAGUGGUGAGAAACCGUAUCAGUGCUCCGUGUGCGGCAAGUCCUUUGCCGAUCGCAGCAACAUGACCCUGCACCAUCGCCUCCACUCGGGAAUCAAGCCCUUCAGCUGCCCCCUGUGCCCCAAAGCCUUCACCAAAAAGCAUCACCUAAAGACGCACCUGAACUAUCAUACCGGCUGCAAGCCGUAUGUCUGCCCACAUCCCAACUGCAACCAGGCAUUCACCCAGUCGAGCAAUAUGCGAACCCACGCCAAGAAGUGCCAGUACCGUCCGUUGGAUGGACUCACCGUCACAUCAACCGCACUCCCAGUACCGGGAAAACAACAACCAGGUCCACCACCCACUUUGGCCAUGGCCAUGGCUCAAACAUUUCAAAUGCCGCCACCUCCGGGAGUUCUAAUACCUGGAUCUGGUCCAUCACAACCGCCGAGUCAGCAAGCCCUUCUCAGCAAUCUCAGGACAUUCUAAAUGGGUGGAAUCGUUGGGCACGGCCAGUUUCAACCAAAUUUGUGGCAAUUACAAAGUACAGUACUUCCACUGUUGUUAUUCAUUUUACAUUUAUUUGCAAUCAACGGUUUUGCUAGAAAUAAAAUUAGGAAUAGACUUUAAUUCUUAUUAAAAUAAGUAUAUAUAUUUGCCAGUCAAUAAAGUAUAAUAUCAAAUACAAAAGGCUACGGGGCUUCUGAUUUUUGUGUCGAAUUCUGCUCCAGAAUUCUAGGAAUUAUAUUUUGGAUUGGAAAUAUGAUUGAGAGUACAACUUUGCAAUAUCGCUUAUACUCAGAUAGCGCAGACUUAUUUAAUUUGAAUCUUACAAUGACAAAAAUCAAAACAGUAUCUAUGUUUUUUUUAUUAAACAAAUGAACAUACCGUUGCAGUACAUUUAAAAGCGCACUGUCAGUCAGCCAGAUGGCGCCACCUGCUAGUUUAUCACCACUGUAAGUAUGUUGAGUAACAGAACGAAAUCGUGCUGUUAAAUUUUAUUCACAGCUGUCCAAAAAUCGAGUUGGCAGCCCUUUCCCCUCUAAAAUCGAAAAUCUGUUAAGAUAUCGAUAGGUGGAGUCAAUUGUCAGUGGUACCGUUUUGUGUGGUAUGACCGUGUUGUGCAAUUUUGUUAGAAAUUUACAAUAUUAGCAAGCAGAAACACGCAGGAAAAGCGCAAAAAAUCAGGAAAACGUGCCUGCGGACCCAGGCUGGGGUGCGUCUAGUUGGCCGCUGAAGGCGUUCACCACAUUCAAUCGAACAGAGAGUUCGAUUCGGUUAAUUUUUGCAUUGGGCUCAAUUUCACCAUUGCACACGUGUCUGGAGCUUUCCCUGGGUUUGGUCACCUCCUCCGUGGAUUGCGGACGAUCCCGUGGUAGCGCUGGGAAAUGCCCAGCAGAGGGCGGCGGGCAGUUAGAGAUUGUUCCGGCCGCAAAGAA